CAAGUUUCUUUCAUGUUCCUCAACUGAACCCUCCUUUCGGACAAAACCCUAUUCGAAUUUCUUGAUUUUCAGUUUCUGAAGCUUUCAAUGGCUACACCGUUAAUGGCAGGGCUUGCAGUGGCGGCUGCAGCUUAUGCUGGUAAAUAUGGUAUCCAGGCUUGGCAAGCAUUCAAGGCUAGGCCACCGAGGAUGCGGAGAUUUUAUGAAGGUGGUUUCCAGGCUACCAUGACUAGAAGGGAAGCAGCUCUUAUACUCGGUGUUAGAGAGCGCACUCCAACAGAUAAGAUUAAAGAAGCACAUAGGAGGGUGAUGGUUGCAAACCAUCCAGAUGCGGGUGGUAGUCAUUACCUUGCAUCCAAAAUUAAUGAAGCAAAAGAUAUCUUACUUGGAAAGACCAAAGGUGGGGGUUCAGCAUUUUAAACUUGCUUGCAUACCUUUCUUUCCAUAUUUUUGACUCUUUAGACAGUUGUCUACAUUAGAAAUCAAUUAUUAAUUUUUUUGGGUCACCGCCGAAUCAUUUCUUGUAGUGCCAAUUAUAUAGUGAGAAAAAUGAACAUGGUUAUGUAUGUAUCGGGAUGAUCAAGCUGCAUUGAACGUGGUUUGUGAUAUUGAAGUUGAGUUAUGGUUGCUCCCAAUAAAUGUGUUUUCUUUACUUGCACUUA